UCGAUGGUGGGAAGAGCCUCCUUUCGCAGGGCACGGAGAGGGCAGGGGCAGAGGAGAAUGGCCUCCACCGCGCUGGCAUUGGUCUACUUGGAAUAAUGAAUGGGCUUUUGCAAGCCUUCUUUGGUUCUCACCCGCGGAGACACUUUGCAACUUGAGAUCCUAGUGGAUACAUGUUCUUAAUCUUCAUAAUUUAUCUUUUAUGCUUUGGUCUCCAAAUUAGAGCUCUUGGCAAUUGUCACCACCACCUCAAGGGCAUUGGGUUUGGGGCGCCACCUGUAGCUGGUGCGGUUAGCCAUUUGCAGUCUCUCUAGGAGCCAGGCAAAGUUGCUUCCAGAAGAAUGACUCAGCUCCCAGCCAAGCCUCAGGUUUCACUUGCUCAGGGCCUUUUGUGGGUCCCACGGCCCCCCUUUUCAGACCAGCGUCACUGGCAGUUUGCAAAAGGAAUUAACUUUAUGACAGCAGUAGCUUCCUGGCCUGGAAGAAGCUGCCCAGGAGAGUUGCUCUCUAAGAUAACCUUUCCAAGAACUGGACAACAGCUACAGUGACGUAGAGAAACAUUAGAGCUGGGUGAGAUGCGGGUGGUUCGGCUCUUUUUUGCAGAUGAAGUCAGUGCCCAUAAAAGUUAGAAGACUUGCCCAAGAUCACAGACCCCGCACAGAACCCCUUCUACCUUACCUCCGUCGGGAUAAAAAUGCUCUGAGGGAAGAGACCACCCCGGCCAGCCUAAGUUCAUGACUAAGUGGCUUCUCUUCUUUUUGCCUGAACCCCCCUAUCUCCAUCCCUCACCUCCCCAAUUGUAUCAACCAGAUUCAGUAUGCCAGAUAAUAUUUCCAGGGCUUUACCUGCGACAUUUUUGGUGAAAAAGAGAGACAAAGUAAAAACCCCCUGACUAUCUGCUGAGUAGUCCACAGUGCUGUUCCAUGGAACAACGUAUCUCCUGAGUGCUGCCAUGUGGGAUCCAGAUGCUUCAAGCUUACAAGGAAUUCCAGUGGGAAAUUAAAAGGGUUAUGAGUCUCUGUAGAAUUUGGUUGAUGAAACUGACAACUCUCAUCUGGCUCUAAAAUCACUGAUGUACCACUCUACCUCAGUAUUUCUUUCAAACCUCAAACAGUCAUUGAGACUCGCUACUUGCAAAACAGCUUAUGAUUUUGCUGGGGGGAAAUGUUUAUGGGGAAUUUAUCUUGUGCUAGGCUUUAUGUAUUUUAGGUGCAUUAACUCGUUUAAUCUUCAUCUGUGAGGUAGAUACUAUUACUACCGCCCUUUUAAAGGUGAGGAAAGUUUGACAGAGAAAGUGGAAGUCAUAUUGCUGGUAAGUGGCAGUGCCAGGAAUAGAAUUCUGGCCUUCUGGCCUUAGAUCACACCUUCUUUCAGAAAACAGAAACCAGUGUGAAAAUUGUGUUGUAAACUGUUACGUAUUCAUGCAUGGCCUCGAAAAGCCAAAGCUGGAACUUCCAGAGAAGAAGUAAUUUGAAAUCUGGGUUUUCUAGUUCUGCUUCUUUUUCUCACUAGCUGUCUGACCUCUUUGGGCAGCGGUUUGGUCAUCUGUAAAAUAAAGAGACCGGGCUAGAUGAUUUCUAAGGGCCAUCUUUAUCUAAAGCUCUGUGCUUCGACUGAUGUACCAGGAUGCCCAGGGUGUGCUGUGGGGACGGGAGGAGAAGUUGGCAGUGAUUCCUCUCGUUCUCCCACAGAAUGCUGUGUGACUCUACUAAUGUUCAUAGGCCUUUCCCACAGCUGGUGUGUCCAUUCUAUAAUCCUCUUCGCCCAGAAAAGAGAACUAUAUCAUAUGCAAUGGAAAAGGAAUAACAAAAACUCAUUCAUUGAGCAUCUAAUUUGUACCAGACACCUUAUACAUUCCCUUCCAUAUCUAAGUGCUCAAAGGCAGGCUGUUCAUCAGGCCAAAGCCAUUCUGCUCGAAAAUGAUAAUACUGUGACUCAGAUCCAAGGCCUCAAGGCUGGCUGAGCAGCUGGCUGCCAGCUUGGCGCCCCACUUCGAUGUCUCAAUUGAAGAAUGUGGAAGCCAAGAUCCUCCAGUGUCUCCAGAACAAGUUCCUGGCCCGGUAUGUGUCGCUCCCAAACCAGAACAAGAUCUGGACGGUGACCGUGAGCCCCGAGCUCAGGGACCGCACCCCCUUGGUGAUGGUGCAUGGCUUUGGGGGCGGUGUGGGCCUCUGGAUCCUCAACAUGGAUUCACUGAGCGCCCGCCGCACACUGCACACUUUUGAUCUGCUCGGCUUCGGGAGAAGCUCCAGGCCGACAUUCCCAAGGGACCCCGAAGGGGCCGAGAAUGAGUUUGUGAUGUCAAUAGAGACGUGGCGGGAGACCAUGGGGAUCCCCAGCAUGAUCCUCCUGGGACACAGUCUGGGAGGAUUCCUGGCCACUUCUUACUCGAUCAAGUACCCUGAAAGAGUUAAACACCUCAUCCUGGUGGAUCCAUGGGGCUUUCCCCUCCGGCCGACUGACCCCAGUGAGAUCCGUGCACCCCCAACCUGGUUCAAGGCUGUGGCUUCUGUCCUAGGGCGUUCCAACCCACUGGCUGUCCUUCGAAUAGCUGGGCCCUGGGGGCCUGGCUUGGUGCAGCGAUUCCGACCAGAUUUCAAGCGCAAGUUUGCAGACUUCUUUGAAGAUGAUACUAUAUCAGAGUAUAUCUACCAUUGUAAUGCACAGAACCCCAGUGGUGAGACGGCCUUCAAAGCCAUGAUGGAGUCCUUCGGCUGGGCCCGGCGCCCCAUGAUAGAACGAAUUCACUUGAUUCGAAAAGAUGUGCCCAUCACCAUGAUCUAUGGGUCCAACACCUGGAUAGACACCAGCACAGGGAAAAAGGUGAAGCUGCAGCGGCCGGAUUCCUAUGUCCGAGACAUGGAAAUUGAGGGUGCGUCGCACCACGUCUAUGCAGACCAGCCGCACAUCUUCAAUGCGGUGGUGGAAGAGAUCUGUGACUCGGUUGAUUGAGUUGCUCUCACCAGAGGAAGCGGAGAAAGCCAGAGAGUCGCUCUCACCUCCCUGGCUGCUUACUCACCCUCUGUCCUUUCCUCACCAACUAACAUGUGCCAGCCAGUCAGAGUCUUGGGCUGUUCCCAAGGCAAGAACACAGUGAAGAGUACUCCUGACCUCAAGCCAAGGGCUGGAGGCAGAAGCCACAAUGAGGCCUUGAGCUCCCCACCCCCGGGGAAGAACAUAAAGGGUCACUUAGUGCCACCCCAUUCUCUCCAUGCCAAGUGUUACCCAGAUAGUGGUUGUGAAGGGCCUGUACUGAACCACGUCCCCUCCCUUUGCAGGGAGGGAAGCCUCUCUACCACUGGACAAAGCAGAGGCUCCCACAGUCUUUCCUAGCUCCAGAAUGUUUCUGGGGGUAGGUUCCAUGAAAGAACAUCCUCCUCCUCCACCUCCUUGCCCCCUCCCAUGCCAGUGUCCAAGGCAUGGUUGGGACCAGAUCCCACUUAGCUACCGAGAGCAGGUUCUGGAGAGUCCCUCGUGCUUCAGAGUCUCUCCCAUGACCUGAGAGGUCAUAGCCAAAGCCCUCAUUAGCGGAUGAGGAGCAGGCCAGGGCAGGACAUGGCUGGCCCAUGGUGAUAUAGCUCUGUUCCAGAAAAGCUCAGGCUAGAACCCAGGUCUGCUGACACCUGGUGAUGGUGCAGACUCCAUUUGCCAAGGUUUGAGGCAGGCACCAUUGCCAUGGGGUAACUGGCCAUGGGUAAGCCCAUCCCUGACCCACAUUCCAGCCCCAUAACCCAGGGGUGCUGUUGUCCUGCCCUGUGUCUCAGCCCUGGAUGCCUAAGCCAGGAUCACUCAAGUGCUUCCUUUCCUGCCCACUCUUCCUCCCAACGGGGAGGCCUCUGGGCCUCCUUCUGUGCCUUGGGCCCUGAAGCCCCACCUGUGAUACAGAGCAAAGGUGGCCCCUGGUGGAGAGAGAAGGGAAAGGCCCUUCAACCCAGGGCCAGGUCUGGAUUCUUCUAUUCCCAGAGCUGAGGCCACCUGGAGCCCCUACCCAUGGACCAGUGGGGAGUCUCAUGCCAGCAGUUUCCUGUCCUCAUCAGCCACAGGAGGAUUCUCACUGCCUGGCCCUCUACCCCUGCCAUCUGUCCUCCAUGGUCUCCAGUUCAUCCCACUCCACCCACCUGUCAUCCUCUCCCAGGGGCUGGUUCCAGGUGCUCCUAUGAGGUUCUGGACAGUAGGCUGGGCCUGGCCCCAGAAUCAGGGCAGCUCCUACCUGCUCCUUCUCUUUUGUAAAGCCAACCCUUUCACCAGAAUAGUAUUAACUUGCCGUGCUUUGUACUACUGGUCCAGCUGCCUUGGGCUCUUUUUCUACAUUAAUAAAGAAAUGAGUAAAAACU